CAGACCCCUACGCAUCCUCUCCUCCUGCCUCUGUGCUGCUGGCAAUGGGCCAAUCCACGUCUUGAUGCUACGCGGAUUGUGCCGAUUGCCAGCAAAUUAGAAUUCACACUGCAUGGUAACGUCACGGCGCAACAUCACCCUCUCCCUUCA